GCACCGAUAUAGAAUAAACCAUCAGUCAGUGUAGAUACGAGUACUACAUACAUACGAAGUAUAUUCGAAACAAAAACAAUACUACAUUACAAAGAGUCUAACUAUAUAGUUGUGAAAAAAGUACACGCGACCCAACAAAAAUGCUUUGCUACAAGAAAUUUUUAAUAUUUGCCACGUUGUUGAUCUGCUGUGCAGCGGUCGAAGAUGAUGUGCAAGUGGAGGACUUGACGGACUUGGAGGAGACAUGUCCAAUGGUGUGCCCUGCUUUAUAUGCACCGACUUGUGGCUUCGACGGCCUUGACUAUCAGGAAUUUGUCAAUCCCUGCGUGCUGAAGGUGACCAAUUGCGAGCGAACGAAGGAGCGCUCGUUGUUGAAGAAACGUAAAAGCAAAUUUAGUGAUUUUAGUUAUUCUUCUACAGAAAUUGUUAUGCAGGGCUCCGAACCUGGCGGUUGUAUAGUCAAUGAUUGA